GAGUUUCCCAUUUUAUUUAUUUAUUCCAAAAUAAUGUAUACAAUGUCCUUUUUACCGUAUGGAUACUAUGUUAGCUACCAAAAAGUAUACGUACUUAUUAUACCGUAUGGAGUAGCUUUUUUCUUUUGACGGUACAAAAAAAAAAUACAGCUUUUUUUUUUACUAAAAUACUAGUAUUGAGCAAAAUUUGUUCCUAUCUUCCGGUCAAAAUACAAUUUUGAUAAGCAACAAUCGUUUGAUUAAGAAGAAAAUACUCAAACGACACAAUUGACCUGUGACAGUGAAUCGAGGAAGAAGAAGAAGAUAACUCAAAUUCAACCAUGUCGUGUUGUUUAUCAUGUUGCGCAUCUUUGACAUGUGGUCUCUGUUCUUCUGUGGCAUCUGGGAUCUCUCAAAAAUCUGCUAGAAUCGGUUAUUGUUUUCUCUUUGGUGCCUCUCUCAUAGUUUCUUGGAUUCUCAGAGAAGUUGGGGCACCCCUUUUGGAGAAAAUCCCAUGGAUAGAUUCAUCGGAUACCCACACGAAGGAAUGGUAUCAAGCACAAGCAGUUCUUCGUGUGAGCUUGGGAAAUUUCCUGUUCUUUAUUGUUUUGGCUCUCAUAAUGAUUGGUGUGAAGGACCAAAAUGAUAGGCGUGAUUCAUGGCACCAUGGUGGAUGGACCAUAAAGACAGUGAUAUGGCUUUUGCUCAUUGUCCUUGCAUUCUUCAUUCCAGAUUCCGUAAUGCUAGCGUAUGGAUUCAUAUCGAAGUUCGGGGCUGGCUUGUUUUUAUUGAUUCAAGUGCUUAUUUUGCUCGACUGUACCCACAAUUGGAAUGAUUCAUGGGUUGAGAAAGAUGAACAAAAAUGGUACAUUGCUCUACUUGCUGUAUCAAUUGGAUGCUACAUUGCAGCAUUUACGUUGUCAGGAGUUCUUUUUAUUUGGUUCAGCCCUAGUGGAUAUGACUGUGGUCUCAAUGUCUUCUUCCUUUCCAUGUCGAUGAUUCUUGCUUUUGUGUUCUGUGUUGUUGCUCUGCAUCCUCAGGUGAACGGAAGCUUGUUGCCUGCAUCUGUGAUUUCACUUUACUGUGCAUAUGUGUGCUACACGGGUCUUUCUAGUGAACCUCGAGAUUAUGAGUGCAAUGGUCUCAACAAGUCCCGAGCUGUAAGCACAAGUACGCUCGUUCUUGGCAUGCUAACAACGGUGCUGUCUGUGUUGUAUUCUGCUCUUCGUGCAGGAUCUUCAACCACAUUCCUAUCACCACCAUCUUCACCUAGAGCAGGUGAGAGCAAACCUCUUCUUGAAGAAGUGGAAGAAGGAAAGAGCAAAAAGGAGGAAAAGGAAGCGCGACCAGUUAGCUAUUCGUAUUCAUUCUUCCACCUAAUAUUUGCGCUAGCUACCAUGUAUUCAGCCAUGCUUCUUUCUGGAUGGACCAGCUCAUCUGAAAGCUCAGAUCUGAUAGAUGUUGGUUGGACAUCGGUAUGGGUUCGGAUUGGCACAGAAUGGGUUACUGCAGGGUUGUAUCUGUGGACUCUCUUGGCUCCUUUGUUGCUUCCUGAUCGCGAAUUUGCUUAGUUCUCUUGUCAGAAAUCAAUGACUAUAACUAUCUAUAGAGUAAACCAUUAAUUUUGUUCUUGAACUUCCACCCUCCCUCUUACCUUGUUCCUCAAGUAAAUGAAGAUGAUACGUAAUCACUAACGUUUCGUCAUAUUUAUUUGUCCCGUUAGUUGAUGUUGCUAUAUGUUGGCAAAAGAUUAGAGACGAACAGACGGAUGUGACAAAAUAUUAGGGACUAACAGAACGAAUAUAACAAACAUACGAGGGAAUUGAUCAUUUUUAUUUAUUUGAGGGACAAAAUAAGAAAGAGGGUGCAAGUUAAUGGACAGAAUUGGUAGAUUACUCAUUUAUAUUAUAGUACAUGUAUUGCCAUUUGGGUGUAUGGCAUUGAAAACUUCCCAACAUACCUAUAGUACAUGUGAUAUGUAUCUAAGUUUACAUCUACUAUUGUACAUAAUGCUGACAAGUUUUCUGCAUUCCCAUUAGGUGUAUGAUUUUGAAAGUUAUUAGUUAUUACCCUACCUACAUACCUAUGGAAUGAUGUGUAUGUUAUGUGUACAAAUUCACUCUUCAUGUGAUAUGUAUCCAUUUUGGCAUCUAUUAUUGUACAUCAUGUUUAAAAAUUUGCUGCAUUCCUAUUGGAUGUAUGAUCUGGAAAGUUAUACCUUCCUUACAUACCUAUAGAAUGUUGUAUGUUGUGACUUGCGAUACAUGCUAUGUGUAUAAUAAUUCUCUCUUCGUGUGAUAUGUAUCCAUUUUUUACAUC